ACAAGCGAGGCCUACAUCGCCCACGCCGCCGGUGGACCCAUCACACUCUCACGCGUAACCUACAGCGCGAUUGCAGCCAACGAGAUCGUCGUCGAGACGGCUGCGACAGCCAUCUGUGCGACGGACCUGAAAGCCGCCGCGGGCAAGUUCCUGUGCGGGCCGCCGCUGAUCCUGGGCCACGAGAGCGCGGGCGUCGUGCUGACGGUCGGCGCAGCAGUCCAUAACCUCGCGCCCGGCGACCGCGUCGUGCUGUCGUUUAGUAGCUGCGGGGCGUGCGGCGAGUGCGCGGGGGGCGCGUCGGCGUACUGCCGCGAGCUGCUCGCGCUCAACAUGCGCGGCUGCCGGAGUGAUGGGACGCUGGCGGCAAGCGUUACUGAGAGUGGGAUGCCGGUGCGUGGGCACUUCUUCGGGCAGAGCAGUCUCGGGCGGCGGAUUGUGGCGCGGGCGAGCUGUGCGGUGCGGCUGCCGUCCGGGGGGGACGAGGGGGAGCUGCGGGUGCUGGCGGCGCUGGGGUGCGGGAUCCAGACGGGCGCCGGCGCCGUGUUCAACGUGGCGCGGCCGGCGCCGGGCAGCAGCGUGUGCAUCUUCGGCGCGGGGUCGGUCGGGCUGGCGGCGUGUCUGGCGGCGCGGCUGACGUCGCCGGCGCGGCUGGCCGUCGUAGACAAUUCGGCGGCCAAGCUGGCGAUGCUGCCGGCAUGCGUCAGAGACGCGGCCACGCACCUGGUGGACUCGUCUGCCCUGGCUGGCGGCGGGGAUGGGGAGUUCGUGGAGAAGCUGAAGGGGCUGACGCCCGGCGGGCGCGGGUUUGACUUUGUGCUCGACUGCGUGGGGAGCGGUGAUCUGGUGAGGGUAGGGCACUUGGCGCUCAAGUCGAGGGGGACUAUCAUUGCCGUCGGCGGGUCGCAAGAUAUGGCACUGCAGGUGCCCAUGAGGGACCACCUCACGAAGGGCAUAUCGUUCAGGGGCACCCAUCAAGGCGACUCGGUGCCAGCCGUCUCGAUCCCGUUCAUGAUCGAUCUCUGGCGUCAAGGAAAAUUCCCCUUCGACGAACUGUUGACGUUUUACGAAUUUGACCAAUUCUACCAGGCCGUGCAGGACAUGAAAGACGGAAAGGUUAUCAAGCCGGUGCUC